GCUGUGGCUUCUGGGCCCCCGGAGGCCACAACACAACACACAACGCGCGUGCCCACAUAGGGCGGAUGCUCCGUGCGUAGCGAAUGAAUGCCUGGACUCUGAGGGAGCAUUAGCGGGUUCCGGACCCGGUGCACACCCACUCAAGUAUUUGGAGAAGCAGCUUGGAGUUCCCACCUACCAAGCAAGAAAAUGAGCAGCCGACGGAAACGUGCUCUCCCCGUAAAGGUAGACGAAGAACAGCAGCAGCGGCUCCGCUGGAACAUGCAUGAGGACAGAAGGAACGAAGCACUCACCUCAACUGAUGAUGAGUAUCCAUGCCCCGGUUCAGACUCCUCUCCUGCUCAGUUCAUCAUCCUGGGUACUAGUUUAAAGAAAGAAGUGGCACAUAGUGAUAAAGAGAUGUGUUCAACAUCAGAGAGCUUCUCAAAGUCAACUCUAAAGGAAGGGACUGUUGGCUUACAUUCCUCUUUGUCUGUAAAGUUGAAUAUUGUGAUCUCUCCCUAUAAUGUCGAUAAUUCUUGGAAAGCAUUUCUGGGAGAAUUAACUCUUCAGCUUCUUCCUGAACAGAGUUUAAUUGAAAAUUUUUCUGAAAGGAGUUUUACAUUAACGAGUUCAGAGUCAAGCAAUCAGUUCUGGAUUUAUGUUCAUUCAGAAUGUGAAAAUAUAGAGAAACAAGAAAAAAAACUCAAAGAACCAGUCAGUAUUUGUGGCAAGGGUAUUCUGGUGGAAUCACCCCUCAGUUGUGAAAUAUUAGAAGAUUUGGGUUGGCUGCAAAAGAAGAGAAGAAUACAACUUUACCAAAGACCAGAAGGAAAUCACAUCAUCAAGGUUGGAGUUUAUCUUUUGGAAGCUGGCCUAGCAAAACUGGACUUUUUCAGUGAUGCAAAUUCAAGAAUGAAAAAAUUCAAUCAGCUCAUGAAAAGAGUUAUAGAAAAGUUAAACGAUGUUAUGGUUCCAGAUGUGUUAGAAGAGGAUGAGGACAGUUCAGAGAGUGAGCCAGAGGGACAAGACAUUGAUGAACUCUAUCACUUUGUGAAGCAAGCACAUCAACAAGAAACACAGUCUGUCCAAGUGGAUGUCCAGCAUCCUGCAUUGAUCCCUGUGUUGAGACCCUACCAAAGAGAGGCCGUCAACUGGAUGCUACAACAAGAACGUUUCAGAAACACUCCUGCUUGUGGCAAUACCCUGCACUUCUUAUGGCGAGAGAUUGUUACAUCAGAGGGCUUGAAACUCUACUAUAAUCCAUACACAGGCUGUAUCAUCCGUGAAUACCCAAAUUCUGGGCCACAGUUGCUUGGUGGAAUCCUAGCAGAUGAGAUGGGUCUCGGAAAGACAGUAGAGGUUUUGGCUCUGAUUCUGACACAUACUCGACAAGAUAUUAAACAAGAUCCUCUCACUCUUCCUGAGGGAAAAGUAGUGAAUUAUUUUGUUCCAUCCCAUUGUUUUGGAGGAAAAGUAAAAGACACAGAAACCCAAAACGUGGAAUUUGAACCAAAAGAAAAAAUUCAUUGUCCUCCUACACGUGUGAUGAUUCUGAAAGCUGUGAAAGAAAUGAAUGGGAAAAAAGGAGUUUCCAUCCUUUCUAUCUAUAAGUAUGUCAGUUCUAUAUACAGAUACGACGUUCAGCGGAAUAGGAGUCUCCUGAAACGAAUGCUGAAAUGUUUAAUUUUCGAAGGUCUUGUGAAACAGAUCAAAGGUCAUGGUUUUUCUGGAACUUUUACAUUGGGGAAGAAUUACAAGGAAGAAGAUAUAUGUGAUAAAACCAAAAAGCAGGUAAUAGGAAGUCCAAGAAAAAUUCAGAAAGAAACCAGAAAAUCAGGGAACAAGGACACAGAUUCUGAAUAUUUGCCAUCAGACACCUCUGAUGAUGAUGAUGAUGAUGAUGAUGAUCCUUAUUACUAUUAUUAUAAGACCAAGAAAAAUCGUAGUAAAUUGAGGAAAAAGCUUGUUCUCUGCACACAAAAAAGAAAAAGUCAGCCUAACAUCAAUCUCAAUUCACAAGAUAACUGUCCAGCAACUAGUGAAUCUGGGAUAACUGAUGUUACCAUGUCUGAAAGUACUCAUGAAGUCCAACAAGAAUGUGAAGCAAAGAAACAAACUGAAUCUCUAACCCCUGCUGGUGGUGAUGGGCCACAUUCUAAUACUACUCAGAUUCCCCAUAAUACCUCUGACUAUCGUUUUGAGUGCAUAUGUGGUGAACUGAACCAAACAGACCAAAAGGCUCGUGUUCAGUGCCUGAGAUGCCACCUGUGGCAACAUGCAAAAUGUGUGAAUUAUGAAGAGAAGAAUCUGAAGAUUAAGCCUUUUUACUGCCCCCAUUGCCUUGUUGCAAUGGAACCGGUAUCAACAAGAGCAACUCUGAUUAUCUCGCCAAGCUCUAUUUGUCACCAGUGGGUGGAGGAAAUCAAUAGGCACGUGAGAUCAUCAUCUCUUCGAGUCUUGGUAUAUCAAGGAGUGAAGAAAGAUGGCUUUUUACAGCCUCAUUUUUUGGCAGAACAGGAUAUAGUUAUCAUUACCUAUGACGUCCUUCGUUCAGAAUUAAACUACGUCGAUAUCCCGCAUAGCAACAGUGAGGAUGGACGUCGCCUCCGCAACCAGAAGCGCUAUAUGGCUAUUCCCAGCCCCCUUGUAGCUGUGGAGUGGUGGAGGAUCUGCCUUGAUGAAGCUCAGAUGGUUGAAUGUCCUACAGUGAAAGCUGCUGAAAUGGCUCGGCGUUUAACUGGGAUCAACCGGUGGUGUAUCAGUGGCACUCCAGUACAGAGAGGAUUGGAGGAUCUCUUUGGGUUAGUGGUCUUCCUGGGCAUUGAACCUUACUGUAUCAAACACUGGUGGGUUCGACUUCUGUAUCGGCCUUACUGCAAGAACAAUCCGCAACCCCUCUACAACUUUAUUGCCAAGAUACUCUGGAGGUCUGCAAAGAAAGAUGUGAUUGACCAAAUCCAAAUACCACCUCAAACUGAAGAAAUACACUGGCUCCACUUUUCUCCAGUGGAAAGACAUUUCUAUCAUCGUCAGCAUGAAGUGUGCUGCCAGGAUGCAGUGGUAAAACUUAGGAAGAUUUCCGACUGGACUCUGAAACUCAGCAGCCUGGACAGAAGGACCGUCACCUCCAUCCUGUACCCAUUACUUAGGCUCAGGCAGGCCUGCUGCCACCCACAGGCUGUUCGUGGGGAGUUCUUGCCACUCCAAAAAAGCACCAUGACAAUGGAAGAGCUGCUGACAUCUCUGCAGAAGAAAUGUGGGACUGAAUGUGAAGAAGCACAUCGGCAGCUAGUCUGUGCUCUCAAUGGCUUAGCAGGCAUCCAUAUCAUUAAAGGUGAAUAUGCCUUGGCAGCAGAACUGUACAGAGAAGUGUUGCGCUCAUCUGAGGAGCACAAAGGAAGACUCAAAACUGAUUCCCUUCAAAGACUUCAUGCUACCCAUAACUUGAUGGAAUUGUUGAUAGCCAAGCACCCAGGGAUACCUCCUACCUUGCGAGAUGGCAGACUUGAGGAAGAGGCCAAACAGCUGCGAGAACACUAUAUGAGUAAAUGCAACACAGAAGUCGCCGAAGCCCAGCAAGCUUUACAACCUGUGCAACAGACCAUACGUGAGCUCCAAAGAAAGAUUCGUUCUAAUUCUCCUUGGUGGCUGAAUGUGAUACAUAGAGCACUAGAAUUUGCCAUUGGUGAGGAACUUGUUCAGAGAGUAAGAAAUGAAAUAACCAGCAACUACAAGCAACAAACUGACAAGCUUUCCAUGUCAGAGAAGUUCCGAGACUGUAGAGGACUUCAGUUCUUACUUACCACACAAAUGGAAGAGCUAAAUAAAUUCCAGAAGCUAGUAAGAGAAGCUGUAAAACACCUAGAAGGACCUCCGUCUCGCGAUGUUAUUGAGUCUGCAACAAUUUGCCACCUCCGACCCGCCAGACUUCCCCUCAACUGCUGUGUCUUUUGCAAAGCUGAUGAAUUGUUUACAGAGUAUGAAUCAAAGCUGUUUUCUAAUACAGUCAAAGGCCAGACUGCAAUAUUUGAGGAGAUGAUAGAAGAUGAAGAAGGACUGGUAGAUGAUCGAGUCCCUACCACCACCCGGGGUCUGUGGGCAAUAAGUGAAACAGAACGAUCUAUGAAAGCAAUACUAUCAUUUGCAAAAUCCCAUAGAUUUGAUAUUGAAUUCAUUGAUGAAGGGAGUGCUUCAAUGGAACUGUUUGAAGCAUGGAAGAAGGAGUAUAAGUUGCUUCAUGAAUAUUGGAUGGCUCUUAGAAAUCGUGUAUCUGCUGUUGAUGAACUUGCCAUGGCUACAGAAAGACUCCGAGUGCGUCAUCCUAAGGAGCCAAAGCCCAAUCCUCCUGUUCAUCAUAUCAUUGAACCACAAGAGGUAGAACAAAAUCGUAUUAAACUACUAAAUGAUAAAGCCGUUGCUACAUCACAGCUUCAGAAAAAACUUGGGCAGCUUCUUUAUCUAACCAACUUAGAGAAGUCUCAAGACAAAACAUCGGGAGGCAUUAAUCCAGAACCCUGUCCAAUCUGUGCACGACAGCUAGGGAAACAGUGGGCAGUACUGACCUGUGGACACUGUUUCUGUAAUGAGUGCAUUUCUAUUAUUAUCGAACAAUACAGCGUGGGGUCCCACAGAAGCGCCAUUAGAUGCGCCAUCUGCCGCCAGACCACAUCGCACAAGGAGAUCUCAUAUGUCUUCACCUCAGAGAAAGCAAGUCAAGAAGAGGACAUCCCUGUGAAGGGUAGCCAUUCUACAAAAGUGGAAGCCGUGGUAAGAACUCUGAUGAAAAUACAGCUUAGAGAUCCAGGGGCUAAAGCACUGGUGUUCUCAACGUGGCAAGAUGUAUUAGAUAUUAUUUCAAAAGCUCUCACUGACAAUAACAUGGAAUUUGCACAGAUUAGUCGUGUUAAGACAUUUCAGGAGAACCUUUCAGCAUUUAAACAUGAUCCCCAAAUCAAUAUUUUGCUGCUGCCCCUGCACACAGGUUCUAAUGGACUGACUAUCAUUGAAGCAACUCAUGUUCUCUUGGUGGAGCCCAUAUUGAACCCUGCCCAUGAGCUUCAGGCCAUAGGGCGGGUGCACCGAAUUGGACAAACAAAUUACAGGUUGAGUAUUCCUCCUCUGAAAUGCUUGGACCAAGAAGCAUUUUGGAUUUCAGGUUUUUUGGACUUUAGAAUAUUUGCAUAUACAUAAUGGGAUAUCUAGGGUUGGUACCCAAGUCUAGACACAGAAUCACAAAAUUCACUUGUGCUUCAUGAACACCUUAUACGUGUAGCCUCAAGAUAAUUUUUUACAACAUCUUCAGUGUGUCUGUGUUUUGACCACAGACUAUCACAUGAAGUCAGGAGUGGAAUUUUCCACUUGCAGUGUCCUGUCCAUACUCAAAAAGUUUCAGAUUUUGAGCACUUUUUAAUUUGGAUUUUCAGAUUAGGGAUGCUCAACCUGUACUUCCUUAUUUACUAAAUGUUUAAGCAUUGAACAUGACUAUAUGACCAAAAGGCAUGAGAGUUCCAGCCUGCCCAGCAGAAAAUCUAAUCUCUCCAAACCCAGUCCAUCCUCCAAGCAGUAAAUUCCUAAAUUCUGAUUUUUGUCUUCUUUCCUACAAAAAUCUGAUUGCCUUAUGUUAAAAGCUUUAUGUUAAAAGCCUUUAUGUUAAAAGUUAGAAACACUUACGGUAAUUUCAGAAUAGAAGGCAACCAUCAAUACUUUGUGAAGAAUUGAUUUUUGAUUGUCUGAAGUAGCCCGUGUUAAAAACUUAUACCUCAGGCACAACUGGAAACAAAUGGCUUAUUUUUAAGUCCUUUACCCUGGGAAAAGACAUCUCCCUGGGUUAGGUCAAAUAGGUAGUUAGAUUAGUUUAGUAAGCAACCAAGCCUAAUAGUGAAUUUCAUGUGGUAUAUGCUAUCUUUAAUCAAAUCUUAAAAUGUACAGUUAUCUUUGAUAAGGCCUCCCAAAUGUAUUACAUCCAAAUGUUAGAUGCCUUGAAUAUUUAAAAAAGGAAGAAAAAAAGAAAUCUAUACUAAGUACUCAUUGAAUAAAUAUUUAUUGAGCACCUGGCAUAUGUCAAGCAUUAUGCAAAAUACUGAAGAUUGAAAUUGACUUAGAUAUAAUCUAUUUCUCCAAGGUCAUGAUAUAAUAGGAAACAGAUAAUUUAAAAAUACUGUAGUAGAAUGUGACAAAAUAUAAUCAUAGAGAUACUUUGUUAACAAAAGUAAUUAUUUGUGCCCUAGAGAACUAGAAUGACUUCAUUAGAUUGAAUCUUGAAGUAAUACGUAUUUCACAGUUGGACUAGAAAAGAAUAUUCACAUAGCCAAGGAGAGUUGCACAUGCAAAAUCACAGAAGUCGUAAGCAACAUGACGUUUUAGGGACUGUUAGAAGUUUGGAAAAUGACUGCAGUAUAAAGUAUGAGAAAAAGAGUGAUGAGUCUGCUCUGUCAUACUCAGAAAUGGAACUUCUCUGUAAACAAAAGGAAGCAUGAUCCUCAAACAAACCUUUAGAAAAGUAUGGCAAAGUAACAAAACUAAUAUAUACAAGCUUGUUCUAAAGUACCUCCAAGUGUCAUUUAAAAUACAGUUAUGUCCAUUUGUUUUUCUGUUGAUUAUGUUCUGUUUUAAACAUUGAUUUCUUGUCUCCAGCUUUUUUUUUUUCUGAAAGUAUAGACUGUACUCAUCUCAGAUUUAAAACUAUAAGUCCAAAGAGGCCCAUUUAACAAACCCAACAAUCUUACUGUGCUUCCUAGUAAGUUGAUUUUUUUCCACUUUCUGAGAAGACCGUAUUAAGGCUUCUGAAUUGUUCUCCUCCUCUUUGAUGAUGAUCUUAGGUCCUUAUACAAGGAAAACAUAAGACGCCUAGAUUGAGUAGCCUUUUUGUCAUCAAAUUGAAUAGUCUGCCUGCAUCAGUACCCACAUAACCUCCUUCUCAGUACUCGACAUUGUUCUAGGCAUGUGGGAUACCCACAUAGAACUUAUAUUCUGGUUUAUAAGGGGAUUGGUGGACAAAUGAUAACCAUUAAAUAUAAUAAGCAAAAUAUAUACUAUAUAUUAGGCACUAGGAAAGUAGAACAGGAUACGGAAAAUUAAAAGAGUGCAGGUGACUGGAAGGGAAGGCACAGAAGGCCUUAUUGAGAAGGUAACAUCUGAGGAAAGACUCUAAAGAAAUGAGAAAGUUAGUCAUGAGAUUCCCAAGUUACAGCAGUAAAAGUAGCCAAGGGCAGAGAAGAGAUGAAGUCCAUAGGCUUUGGGAGGGAGAGAGAUUAUAUUGGGUCCAAUAGGCAAUAACUUACUCUGAGAUUAUUCCCUCGUUGGAAGGCUUUGAACAGAGGAGUGAUAGGAUCUAAGUUUUGAGAGAAUUCUUCUGAGUGCUGUGUUCAGGCCAAAGAAGAAGGGGAAUAAAGGAGAGCAAAAGCUUGAAGUAGUGGAACCCAUUACAGUCAUCCUGGUGAUAGCUGCAGGGGGUAGCUUUGCACAUGGUGAGAAAUGCUCAAGUUCUGGAUAGAUUUUGAAGCGAGAACUGAAAAUAUCUGAGACAGACUAGAAGUGUAGGGUGUGAAAGGUUCGUGGAUAAUACCAUGGUCUUUGGCCUACAAUCUGAAAAAUAAAGCAGCUGUCAGCCAAGCUGGGGAAGACUGCAGGUUAGAGCAGGUUAGGUGAGAAAAGAAUUAAGUUUACUUUAGAUAUAAGUUUGAGAUGUUUAAUUAGAAAUUGAAAUAAGUCUUAUUCUGUAAUUGAAUGUACAGGUCCAGAGUUGGGGAGAGGUCUAGCCUAGAGCUACAUAUUGGGAAGUCAGCAACAUAUAAUAUUUUAUUUUGUUUUGUUUUGUUAAUCAUGAGACUGAAUGAGAUUUAUCUAGGGAGUGAAUGAGUAUAGAUGGAGAGGAGGACCAAGCACUAAACUCCAAGACAACAAAGUUAAAAAGCUCUGGCAGAAGCAAAGGAACAGGCCAAGGCAAGAAAGAUCAAACAGUGAUUUAGGAAGAAAACCAGAAGUCAAGAGUGUCCUGGGAGCCAAGUAAGGAAACUCAAGUACGAGGUAUGAUCAACAGUAUCAUGUACUGUCGAAAUGUCAAGUAAGAUAAGAAAUGAGAACUGGAGUGGUGAAGAUUACAGCCCAAUUGGAGCAAAAUAGAGGACCGCAUUUUAUCUGUUUCUUAAUAAACACAUAACAAAGAGAGGUUAGGUAACUUUUCCAUGGUCACACAGCUAGGAAAGUAGUAGCAGGUUUCAGGCACAGCCUGACUCCUCCAGUCUGUGCUUAACCUCAACUCACUGCCACUCGUGUAGCUGAUAGACCAAUAUUUGAGGAGCUUUGAUGUAGAGAAAAGGAAGAGAAUGAGAUCAGGAGUUCAGUGUUUUGUUUCUUUUCAAAUCAGAAAUAAUAAGAGAAUGAUAAUUGGUUGGAUACAAAAAGUCUAAUGAAGCAAGAGACUACAGAGAAUAUUAGAACAGUAUUCUAGAGUAGGCAACAGGAUAUGAGACCUAGCAUUGAAGUGUAAGAAUUAGUUUUAGUUAGGAACGUGCAUGUAUUGUCUGUAAGAAUAGGUUUUCUUUCCAAAGCCAGCCAUUUCUUUGUGCCAGAUCCCACUGCUUCUCAUAUUCUUAAGGACUCUUCUCUUGUAAUAACACCACAAAAUAAAUAUAUCAAUAUUAUCCAUAUUUAAAAAUAAGAAAGGUACUCCCUAUGUUCUAUCACCACCCCCAUAUCAGCUAUUCUCUCUCAACUUUUUUGAUUGGGUUGUUGUCCUCACCAUACCACUGAAAUGAGGCUCAUAAGGUUGUUACUGACCUACUUCUUAUCAGUAGUCUGAGGAUUCUCUUUCUCUAUGUCUACUCCCUAAAUGGGUUCAUCUAAUCUUAGGGCUUGAAGGAACAUUUGUACAUGAGUAACUCUCAGAUGGAUAGCUCCAGCCCAACCAUGCUCCAGUAGCUAUUAACCCAGCUUCAUAUAUCCCCUUUUAUCCUUGUAUGUGACUCCGUGGGCUCCAUACCUCCUCUUAGAUUCCCUAUCUACUGGGUCAUGUUUCAAAUUAGCAUUCAUAAAGCUGUUUUCAUACUGUAUCUGCACCGGCCCUAAGCUUUCCCCAUCUUACUGAGUAGCAGUGUCCUCUGUAGCAUAUUAGAUCACAAAUGCAAAGUUCUUCCAUGUUUGUGUUUUUACAUUUGACAUUCCUUCAUCUGAAGUCUUGUCAGUUGCACCUCCAAAAGAUAUUCCAAAUCUGCUGACUUUCCAUGGAUCCAACCGUAGUACAAUGCACCCUCCCUUACUGGGUGAUAAAAAAAUUUCUUAAUUCUUACUGCAGGAUAGCCCAUCCUCUCACACCCAGCAAAGGCAUUUCUAAAGUAGAGUCAAAUAUAAAUCAAAUUAUGCAGAAAACCUCCUGAGGAAUUCCCAUUAUAACCACAAUAAUGUCCAAACUCCUGGUUCUGUCCUGUAAGACCCUAUAGGAUCUGCUCCUUGAAACCUCUCCAACCUCACUUGGAUCCCUCUCCCUCCUCUACAAUAUGCCGUGAACAUUUUCAGUGUCUUCUCCUCCUGGGGACUGUGUAUGUAUGGGCUGUCUCCUCUGGAUGCUCUUCCUGUUCCUUCACUGCUUACUGGCUGCAUUCCCGUCACUCAGUUGGAAAUUACAUGUCAGCCUCCUCAUGCAUUAUCUGUACUUUAAGCCUUCUUACUUCCUUGUAUUUUGUUGUCUGUCUCCCUUCGUUAGCAUGUCAGGUCAUAAAAACUAAGUAGUUAAUUUUAUUUACUGCCUACCAACCCCUGCCUCCCAGCACCUUGACAUCUGCCACAAGUGAGCACCAACUGAUUGGUCAAUGUAGAUGUAGCAUGUGAAGUCGUUAUGUACUAAUCUGUUUGAGGAUGUUUUUAAACUUAUAAUUGUUAUAUACC